AUGUGUCAAGAAACACAAAAAACAUUUGUUUGUGUUUUGAUUGGCCAUACAGGCCAUGGUAAAUCAACUUUCAUCAAUUACUUAGCGAAUUACUUCAGAGAUGGCACUCUAGAGAAUAAGAAAAUAGUUAUACCUACAGAGAAUUACAAAUUGGUAACAGAAAAUGGAUUUAAUCAUUCUGAAAGAAAUACAGAAAGCUAUUUGAGUAAAACUGAAAAUUGUUCAUAUUAUGAAUUUUUAAAUAGGAAAGACAACUACAAGUAUAUUUUUAUAGAUACUCCAGGAUUAUGGGGAUAUUCUAAGAAAUAUUUGGAAAGUUUUACACCCUUCAACCUGGCCGUAGAUUUUUCAAACUCCAAACCAUAA